AUGACGUCUUUUUUGUGCGAUUAUGCCAAAUUGGGGACAGCGGGCUGCAAGAAAUGUAAAGUAAAGUUGGAGAAGGGGGCCCUCAGGUUGGCUAAAGUAACGCCCAAUCCAUUCACAGAUGGGGAGGGUGAAAUGAAGCAAUAUUUCCAUCCGAAAUGUUUGUUUGAAACGUUCACGAAGGCCAGGUCAACCACUAAGGUCGUUGACUCGCCAAAUGACUUACAAAACUAUGACAGCUUGAAAGCUGAAGAUCAAAAUUUGAUCAACAAUCUCAUUGAUGACCUUUCAAAAGUUAGAUCAACCCCGAAGAAGACUGCCACCAAAAGAAAGAAACCAAAAUCAGAGAAAAAAAAAUCUCUCCCCUCAAGGCUGUCAACUUCGGCAGUUUCAUCAACAUCAACAAAGUCAUCACCAACAACAUUAUCACCAGAAGCAUCAUCACAAAUUAAGACCUCGGAUAAAAAUCUCUCGAAAGCAGAUGAUAAUAUGGAAAAGUUGAAGGAGAGAGAUAAUUCAUUUAUAGAGUUCAGAAAAUUGUGUGCCCAGAUUGCUGAACAGUCUAGUCACACCAUGAAAACUGCUUCCGUCUCUGAGUUCCUGAGAAAUGGAACAAGUGGAACAAAUUACCCAUGUGAUGCUUAUUUGCUGUUGAAGGUUCUGCUACCAGGUGUUGUAAAAUCUGUGUACAAUAUGGAUGACAAACCGGCGGUGAAACAUUUCAGCCAGGGUUGUUAUUCAAAAUCUUUCUAUUCUCUUUUUUUAGAGGAAAUGAUGGAGCACUUGGAGGAUGGUGAUGUCUCUGAUACUAUAUCCGCGUUUUUUGGUAAAUCUUCAAACUUGAAACCGCAGUUGAAGAGUAUGUUGUCCAUGCAAGAGGUGGAUGCUUUCUUGUCUGAACUGACUAAGUACACCAAAGAAGAGGACCAGCUGAAAUGUCUCACAAAAAUUACUAAGAGGUUGUGCACAUCAAAUGAUCUGAAGACCUUCAUUAGGCUGGUGAAACAUGAUCUGAGAAUCAACUGUGGAUCUAAAUUGAUUCUCGACGGUUUGAGCCCCAAAGCUUAUGAGGCCUUCAAAGCGUCGCGAGACCUGAAGAAGGUUGUUGACAUGAUCCUGAAUGUCAAGUGCAACGAGGGCAAGGUCAAAGUUCAAUUGUCCUUAAUGACCCCUGUGCAACCGAUGCUGGCAGAAGCCUGCAAGUCAGUUGACGUUGCUUUCAAGAAGUGUCCUAAUGGUAUGUACGCUGAGAUAAAAUAUGAUGGGGAAAGAGUACAGCUACACAAACAAGGUGACCACUACCAGUACUUCAGCAGAUCUUUGAAGCCUGUCCUCGACCACAAGGUGAAGCACCUGAAAGACUUCAUACCCCUGGCCUUUCCAGGUGUCAGUGAUCUCGUCUUAGAUAGCGAGGUUCUACUCAUCGACAACAAAACGGGCAAGCCCCUACCCUUUGGGACUUUGGGAGUGCACAAGAAAAGUGCAUUCAAGGAUGCAAAUGUCUGUCUGUUCAUCUUUGACUGCCUUCAUUACAAUGGGCAGAGUCUUCUAAACAGACCCUUGAUAGAGAGAAGGGAUAUUCUACACAAGAACAUGACGCAAGUCAACAAUCACGUCAUGUUCUCAGAAAUGACUCAUAUUAUGGAAGAGGAUGACCUUGUUGACCUGAUGAUGAGGGUUUUCAGAGAAGGACUGGAAGGGCUUGUACUGAAAGAUAUCAAUGGUAUAUACGAGCCUGGCAUGAGGCACUGGCUGAAGGUGAAGAAAGAUUAUCUAGGUCAAGGUUGCAUGGCCGACUCGGCUGACCUGGUGGUGCUAGGGGCAUAUUUUGGAACCGGGUCGAAAGGCGGUAUGAAAUCAGUGUUUCUGAUGGGAAGUCACGACGAAGACACAAAGAAGUGGUGCACGGUGACAAAAUGUGGCAGCGGCCUCGACGACGCCACGCUCAACAAGCUGCAGACGUCAAUCAAGAUGGUCAAAAUUAGCAAGGAUGCUGCGAAGAUUCCAAAGUGGUUGAACGUUUCCAAGAAGCUACUUCCUGACUUCGUGGUCCUUGAUCCUAAAGAAUCGCCUGUUUGGGAGAUAAUUGGGACGGAGUUUACGCUGUCUGAUGUUCAUACAGCUGGCGGAAUUUCCAUCAGAUUUCCUCGCAUACAAAACAUUCGCGAUGACAAAACUUACAAGGAGGCUACUGAUGUAAAGAGACUGAAGCUGUUGUACAAAAAGUCGAAAGAACAUUCAAAGAUUGAAGACAUGUUCAGUGGGAGGGCAACGAAGAAGAGAGGAAAGCAAAAGGAUAGGGAUGGUGAUGAAGGUGAGGGUAGGGCAAAGGAGGAGAAGGAGGAGGGUGAUGAAGAAGAAGAAGAUGAUGAUAGAGUUACUGAUGAACCCGGUUCAAAAGAUGCAAAGAAGGAUUAUAAUGAUGAUGGUGAUAAGGAUGAUAGCACCAGUAAGCAUGAAACAAAUUAUGAUAAUAAAUCAGGUGCAGAUGGUGUAGCUGGUAGCAGCAAAGAGAACAGCUGCAAGAACGAUACUAAUAAACUCAACAGAACCACUAGCAGCAGCUGCAGCAGCAAUCAAACCAGUUACAGACCGGCAUGUCGCUACGGGAGCAAUUGCUAUCAAAAAAGUUUCUUACAUAGAAUUCAUUUCAAACACCCCAAAUCCAAUGAUGAUGAAGAUGAUGAUGAUGCUAGAAAUAAUGAUGAUGGUGGUGGUGGUGAUGAUAAGUUUAAGCUGCUGCCAAACAUUUUCGUCGGACUUAAAUUUUCCAUACCAUCACUUUAUACUCCAUCAACAGCGCCAUCAACUACGUCAUCAAUUACGUCAUCGUUGAAAGACGAGGAGAAGAAAAUGUUAAAAAGAUACAUCACAGCAUACGGCGGUGACGUGAUCGAUGAUGACGUCAUUCGUGACGAGUGUGAUUACGUCAUCCUUCACGACAGUGACGUCAAAAACAUCAGCAAGGACGUCAGCAAAGACGUUAACAGUAAAUAUAUUACACCGUAUAAGGUCUGGCAGAUUAUUAAGAAUGGAUUCAAUUGAUUUUUGAAACAUUCUAUUUUAUAAAUCUAUGGUUAAUUAAGUCUAAUUUUGAAAUUUAAAUUGAGAUUUUAUUCGGAAAACUGAAAAGCGCUUUAUUUUAGUUGAUCAGUGAAGUAUUUUUUGUUUGAAGAUAAUUUGUUUUAUUAUUUAAAUAUAUUAUUUCUUUUUAAAUUAUUCCUAAAUGCUGUAAAUAUAUCUGUGAUAAACUACUAAUCCUUAUCUAUAAACAAGUCGGUUUUAUUGCAUUUUAUUUUUAUGAUGAACUUAAGACAAAUUUAUUUGGUAUUUCAAUUAAUCAAAAAUAUUAAUUAAAGGAUUUUAAACAUUUUAGUUCUGGAAGCGUGGCUGAUUUCAUUUUAAUUAAAAAUUUUAUUUUUGGUAUUUUUAUUAAACAAGAGUGUGAUUUUGUUGCGUCCGUUAU